CCAAGUAUUGCGUUCACAUCUAUCCCUUUCUGAUGUAUUUAUUUACCUGGAAUUGAUAAUUAGCAAGUCAAGACUCGUCUCUUUAUACUCGAAACCAUCCCUGAAGCAACCAAGCCCAUUUUGCUAACACACAAUUCCAUUCCUCCUAUGCUACUUCCUCUUGCCAGAAUGAAUUCCUCGGCCUUUUCUUUUCUUUCAGAUUUUGUUCUUGUAUUGUUGCUCUUCAUUCAAGUCCCUUCAUCCUCGAGCAACGAUGACCCGUACACUGCCUGUAGUAAUGAGUUUGUAUGUGGGCAUAUUUCCGCGGGUUUUCCGUUCUGGGGAAAUGACAGCUCACCUGCCUGUGGCUUUCCUGAAUUGAAGCUCAGGUGUGAGAAUAAUUUCACCAAGAUGAAUAUCAAUCAGGUUGCAUAUCGUGUUUUGGAAAUCAAUCAGUAUGCUGGCAUUCUCAGGAUUGCAAGAGAGGACUCCUUUGUUGGAUUGUGUUCACCUCAAUUUAAGAACAGCACGUUCAAUCCUAAGGUUUUCGAGUCUGUUGAGGGUUACACAAAUCUUACAUUCAUUUAUGGAUGCAACGAUGCUCCUCCAACCAUACCUUUCACUUGCAAGAUAAAUGAGGUUAAUGAUCAAGAUGUUUAUAUCCAAGUAGGAGAUACUGGUCCUGGCGAAUGCUAUCGUAGUGUCUUAGUGCCAUUUUCUAUAACCAAUUGGCCACGAAUCAAACAACUUGUUACUGUCCAAGGUUUGGAAGAACACUUGAGAAAAGGAUUCGAGGUAAGAUUGAAGGUCGAUAAGGAUGCGUGUAGGGAAUGCUUCGCCUCUAAAGGAGCUUGUGGUAUUGACGAAUUAAGUAAUCAAACUUGUUACUGUCCAAAUCAAUCAAGAGGAUCAAAAACAUGUGCUCGAGGUAUGUACCUCAACUUCUCCUCGAAUCAGUUUAUGAUGAACUCCAGUCACUUGUUGAUGCUUCACACACCUUAGUUCCGUUCCUGUUUUGUUAUUUUAAUUUUAUUUUAAAUAGACUUGGACAGAAGUAAACAUCAAUAUGAUAAUGAUAAUGAUGAUGAU